CCAGACAUAGAGGCACAUGGGCACAAAUAAAAGAGACCAGAGUAGAUCUGAAAUCAGGACCGGCUGGGAUUUUAUUGUGCAGCUUUAAGAAGAGACGCUUCUUCUCCUCUGUGUGCACUCCCUGAAGGAAGAACAUCUCACAUCAAGAAUUUUCCACAGAGAAGGACAAGUGCUGAAGCUCUGGCUGGGCACGGUGACAGGAUGCUUUCUGAUGCCCUGGGUUUGGAUGCAGGUUUGGGAGAGGGCAGAGGGUAUUCAGAGUCAUACCUGUGAGGCAGUCUGCGAGGAAAUGUGCUGACAUCAGAGAUUUGCAUUUUAAAGCCAGGGGAUAGAAGAGGAGGAGGAGGAUACUUCAGUAGAAGAAGCUGAGUUUGCAUAGAUCAGAUCAGUGUCUGUCUCUCCCAGGCUGUCAGUGUGGAGUAGUGCUGGAGGCUGCAAGGCGACUGUGCUGUGGGAAGUUCCUGAGAGUGCUGAGGGGGAAGUCACUCACAGAGAAACACUUGUACAGAAAAGAGCACUGAGCCUCUUUCACCAGAAGGAUAUAAAGUGCACUCUCGCACCUCCUCCUUGUUGCGCGGGGUGUGUUCGCUGUGCCAGGACCUCAGGGGCUUGAGGAAAGUUAAUGCUGGCAUGAUGGUGGUGUGGCUGCCUCAGGAGUGGGCCUGGCAGGCUGUUCUCCUGGUGACUGGACUAGCAUCACUGAGCCCUGGGUCUGAUGCUAAUAUGUUGGACACCAUGCUCCUGAAGAACGGGGGGAAGGGGGCAUCGGAUCGAAGGGUGGAGGAGAGCAGCAGCGCAGCCACAGUUUUAGCUCAGAACAUGCUUUGGUGCCACUGCUACCAUCACUGUCCUGAAGACUCUGUCAACAACACUUGCAUGACUGAUGGUUACUGCUUCACUAUGGUGGAGGAGGAGGAGGGGGGGAUUGCUGUACUCACUGCAGGUUGCCUGGGACUGGCUGGCUCUGAGUUUCAAUGCAGAGACACGUGGAACGCACGUUCAAGGAGAGCUCUCGAGUGUUGCACGGAUCAAGACUUCUGCAACAGAGACUUGCAUCCCACCCUUCCUCCACUGAUGACAUCAAAUUACCACAGUAUCCAGUACAUGGCUCUCUUAAUUUCAGUCACAGUUUGCAGCAUCAUCCUUGGUAUCAUCCUUGUAUUUUGUUACCUAAGAUAUAAACGGCAGGAGUCACGGCCACGCUACAGUAUCGAUCUGGAGCAGGAUGAGACCUACAUUCCCCCUGGGGAAUCUCUGAAGGACUUGAUAGAGCAUUCCCGUAGCAUUGGGUCUGGCUCUGGAUCAGGACUCCCUCUACUGGUGCAGCGCACCAUCGCCAAGCAGAUUCAAAUGGUUAAGCAGAUUGGAAAAGGACGAUAUGGAGAAGUCUGGAUGGGCAAGUGGAGAGGAGAGAGAGUGGCUGUCAAAGUCUUCUUCACCACUGAGGAAGAAAGCUGGUUCAGAGAGACUGAAAUUUAUCAGACCUUCCUGAUGAGACAUGACAACAUACUGGGAUUCAUUGCAGCCGACAUCAAAGGAACCGGCUCGUGGACUCAGCUGUACUUAAUUACAGACUACCACGAGAAUGGCUCUUUAUACGACUACCUCAAGUCCAACACCUUAGACGUCAAGGCUCUUCUGAAGCUGGCGUAUUCCUCCAUAUCAGGCCUUUGUCAUCUCCACACUGAGAUCUACGGCACACAGGGCAAACCAGCUAUUGCACACAGAGACCUGAAAAGCAAAAACAUCUUGGUUAAAAAGAAUGGAUCCUGCUGUAUUGCAGACCUCGGUCUGGCUGUCAAGUUUAAUAGUGACACCAAUGAAGUAGAUAUCCCUCCUAACCUACGCGUUGGAACAAAGCGCUACAUGCCACCUGAAGUACUGGAUGAGACCCUCAACAGGAGCCACUUCCAGUCUUUUAUAACAGCUGACAUGUAUAGUUUUGGCCUUAUUAUCUGGGAGAUGGCCCGACGAUGCAUCUCUGGAGGUAUUGUGGAGGAACAUCAGCUUCCCUAUUAUGACCUCGUCCCCUCCGAUCCUUCAUAUGAGGACAUGAGAGAAGUAGUUUGCAUAAAAAAACAAAGACCUUCAUUUGCUAAUCGAUGGAGCAGUGAUGAGUGUCUACGACAGAUGGGGAAACUCAUGUCGGAGUGCUGGGCUCACAAUCCAACUUGUCGUCUCACAGCCCUAAGGGUGAAGAAGACUCUUGCGAAGAUGUUAGAGUCCCAAGAUAUCAAACUGUGACAGAGAGUCCACAGAAAAGAUAUCAUCUCCCAGAGUCUCGUCAUUACCACUGGCACAGGCCACUCAAGCUGGCCAGAAGAAAGGGAAGAAAAAAAAGAGAGACUGUGAAUAAUAGAACAAAUAUAACUGACAGGGAGGAUGAGUGAUAGAGAUAAUGGUCACCGUAGGGCCAGAAUAAUGAUAUAUACCAAGAAAUUUAUUAUAUCAGGGGACAUCUGCCCUACCAUUGUCUGAGGCGCCUCGCCCUCAGUGUUCAGACUGUGCUUUCUGUGAAAGCUGAGUGGUUUCUGGUUCCAGACUGUUCAGGGGGCCUUGCAGGACUAAAAUCUGGAGGAUGCUCUUGCGCUGCUCCUCUAAAGCCAUAUAGCAGUAUUCUACGGGCAGUCUUUUGUACUGUCAAAGCUGCUUUGUGUGUGUGUGUUUUGCUGUUUCAUUUUUUUUUCCUGAGUCAGCCGCUGCAUGCUGUGAUAUCACAGUGGACUUAUGAUGAUGAUAGUCAUCCAUUGACCUCAGUGUAGAAGAUGUGGAUUCAUACCAUUAUUAUUAUUACUGAACAAACAGAAACAUGAUUAAUAUAUAUAUAGAUAUAUUAAACAAACAAAUAUACAUGCAUACACACACUCAAGGUGAAUCAAAAAAGAAUCAUCUGAUUUCUGAUUUCAGUGUGCUUUAAUUCAACAGCCGGAGACAACAGACAAUUUGUGAGGUUCAUGUGGUUGUUUUUGUAAUUUGACUAUCGUAUGGACAUAUACCAUCCGUCCAUAUUUAGCCUUUUAGUUUAAAAUGUACAGGAUGCCAUUUGAAACCAGAUGAUUCUUUAUAACCUGUGUAUGUAUUUAUAUAUAUAUUUAUACAUUUGUGUGUGUAUGUAUGUAUAUAUACAUACAACCUCUUUUUAGAUCUGGGUUUUGCUAUCCUGCAUCGUCUCAUCUUUCUGGUCAUAUUUCUUUUUCAUCCAUACAAAGCUGAUCUGAAAUCUAUGUAUUAUUGCCUUGUUGGAUGGUAAAAUGCAUUUUUGAUCAGUGUCUAUACAUAUAUAUAUAUAUGUCUCAUCCACUCUGCCACUGUAGCACGUGCCUUAUUUAAUCUGUACAUAUGUAAGUAAUGAUGGUGUAUGAGUGGAUCUGCAGAA